AUUAAAGUAAAUUGUAAAAGAAAAAUUAUAAAAACAGAUAAGGAUUGAAGGAUUGGACUUUGGAGAGGCCGAACCGUUGGGAUAAACCGCAGCCAAAUUUGAUUUGAUUGCUGCGCCCCUUUCAUGGUCGUCUCGGGAGACGAUUGAUGAAAGUCGCCGUCACUUCAUCUUUCCCUUCGACCUCCUCUUCUCCCAUUGGAGCCCACGUCGGCACGAAUACAUGGCAGAUACUUCACCCAAGCAUUAUUAAAAUAAAAUCCUACAAAUAUUAUUGUCCUAAAACAAUAAUUUUUCAUGGUGUAUAUCAAUCCACGUGUCAUUCUCUCAUUCGCCAGAACCCAGAUUUCCCCACUUUCUUGUAACUAGAUAGAUAGGCUGCCAAACGCACCCCUAAAACCAAAUCAAGAACAAUCCAUUGCGAUACUCCACGUUAAGUCCAAAGAUCCCCCAAAACCAUAAAAACAAAAGAGAGCAAGUCCUGUCAGACAGGAACUGGAAGAGGGAAAAGAAAAAUCAAUUGCUGUGAUUUGUGAGGAUGGGAAUUGAGAUAGGCGGCGUCAAGGGUAUUACAGGAGGCUGGGGCAUGCCAGCAAAGACAUGCGACACUUGUAAAUCAGCUGCAGCGGCUAUUUUUUGUCGUGUUGAUUCAGCUUUUAUGUGCCUGGAUUGUGAUUCCAGGAUCCACUCUGGUAAUAACAAACUCGUCUCUUCUCCACAUGGGAGGGUGUGGAUAUGCGAGGUGUGCGAGCAGGCCCCUGCUGCUGUCACUUGCAGGGCCGACGCGGCAGCUCUUUGCGUCACAUGCGAUGCAGAUAUCCACUCUGCUAAUCCUCUGGCUCGUCGCCACGAGCGCGUCCCUGUCGAGCCUUUCUUUGACUCUGCUGAUUCGAUUGUCAAAUCUUCUCCUUUCAGCUUUCUUGUGCCGACGGAUCAUGAUGGUACUAAUUGUCCGCAAGAAGAUGUAGAGCUGGGUUCUUGGUUGUUGCCCAAUCCUAACAUCAGUUCCAAACUUACCAUGGAAACUAACCAAGUCAAAACAGGGGAUUUGUUCUUCUCCGAAAUGGAUCCGUUCAUUGAUUUGGAGUUCCAGAAUUCGUUUCAACAGCAUCAUAACGCAGCUAUGGAUAGCGUAGUUCCAGUUCAGACGAAACCAGCAACAAUUCCAGUGAUCAACAAUUUUCAUUGUUUCGAUAUUGACUUCUGUCGAUCCAAGCUCCCUACUUUCAACUACCAGAGCCAGUCUCUCAGCCAUAGUGUUUCAUCAUCGUCACUUGAGGUUGGAGUAGUUCCAGACGGAAAUUCCCUAUCCGAUAUCUCUUACCCCUUCGGACGAACCAUGACUGAUCCAAGCGUACCCAUCUUGGCAACUACGAUCAACAACCAAGCACCCCAAGUAGGCGGAAUCGAUCGAGAGGCUAGAGUUUUAAGGUACAGAGAGAAGAGAAAGAACAGAAAAUUCGAGAAAACAAUCCGCUAUGCUUCACGAAAGGCCUAUGCUGAGUCAAGGCCAAGAAUCAAAGGCCGUUUCGCCAAAAGAACCGAAACCGACAACGAAGUUGACCACAUGUAUAACUCGCCUUCCGCUGCUACAGCUGCAGCUUUCAUGUCCGACACCCAGUACGGUGUCGUCCCAUCCUUUUGAGGGUUGUUGAAUGAAUCUGCUUUAGCUAUGAUCUUGUAAUAUUUUUAUCCAGCAAGUAGAAGAGGCCCCUACGGCCAUUGAAAUCAAUGAAAAACAGAUGUUUAGUUUUUAA